AUGGCGUCGUUUCUUCAAUCGUUUCUUAAUCCGAAGAAGAACUGGUUUGCUGCUCAGCACAUGAAAUCCCUCUCCACUCGCCUUCGCAAAUAUGGGCUUCGAUACGACGAUUUGUACGAUCCUUACUACGAUCUGGAUGUGAAGGAGGCGCUGAAUCGGCUCCCCAAGGAGGUGGUGGACGCACGCCACGCGCGCCUCAAACGCGCCAUCGACCUUUCCAUGAAGCACGAGUAUCUCCCUGAUGAUCUUCAGGCAAUGCAAACACCGUUCAGGGGCUACCUUCAGGAUAUGCUGGCUCUUGUGAAGAGGGAGAGAGCAGAACGUGAAGCAUUGGGAGGUUUGCCCCUAUAUCAACGAUCCAUUCCUUGA